AGCAGGGAAGAGCAGCAGUGUUUCAGUUUUGGGACAGAAUUAAUUCCAUAAUUCAGCUAUCCUGGGCAAAAAUAUUAAAAUUGACAUUUUUCUAUGGAAAAACAAACUUUAAAACGCACUGUGAUGACUAGCUAUAUUGGUUGGAUUUUUUUUAAAAACCUCUCUAUAGGAACAUGUAUACCCUGUAUAGCUGGUUCUUGCAUAUCCAGCGUUGAGGAAGUGACUGCUUUUUGGAAGUCUCAGCUAUGGUUCAGCUGAAAUGAGGACAUUCCUGUUAGACAGCCUGGGUGGAAUUUGAAUAGUACAGAGGAACCGCCUGACGCUGAUUGGUCGACAGCGACAUAUUUCAAGAGCCCCUACUUGUCACUCUACAGAACCCAGGCAGCUGAUUGGCUCGUCCUGAGGAGGGCGGACUCUCUGUCUUGACUAUAUAUAUAUAUUCUGGUUUCAAAGCAUCUGCAAAUGAUUGCUGACUUUCAGAGGGAGGCGGAUCAUUGUGUCCAAUGUUUCUCCACAGAGCUGACUUGAGUCUUUCUCCUCGAACAAAACGAUUCUUACUGAGAUAGCUGAGAGUCGGUUUUCCUCUCCCGGAGAGGAGGUAGACUUGGGGAACACAAUAAUGAUCAACACCAUGGAAUGCGCAGUGGACGCGCAAAGCCUGAUCUCCAUUUCUUUAAUGAAGAUCCACAACUCCAGGACGCAGAGAGGGGGAAUCAAGCUGCACAAAAACCUGCUGGUCUCCUAUGUGCUGAGGAACGCCAGGCAAGUCUACAUCAAGGAGAAAUACGCGGAGAUCUACAGAAUGCAGCAGUACGAGGAGGUGAUGACGGUCUGCAACGAGAUCCAGGAGCUGAAUCCUCUGGAUCUGAACGCAGAGGACGCCGACGAUGAGGAGCAGGCGCGGGCUGCUUGCUGCGGCGAGGAGGCGAGUCUGUGCGGCUCUGCGUGCCAGCGAGGCGCGGCGCAGCCAGCGGCGCACGGCCGGGCAGCUCUCCCUCUCUCCGGCUGCUCUCCUCUUGAGGACGGCAGCAAAGAACCGGAGCCCUCCUACUACCGAAGCUGCUGCAUGGAGGCUUCCCCUGUGUCACAUUGUGACCAGUUUCCCGCAAACAACAGCACGCACUGCAACAAAACCACAGUGCUGGAUUUGGACACGCAUGUGGUGACCACGGUGGAGAACGGCUACCUCCACCAGGACUGCUGCUGUGACGCGCUCCAGUGCGGUCAGGGCGCGCAGUCCCCGGCCAAAAAACGGAAGGUUGAGUUCGGUUGUUGCAUAUCCGAUGUUGAGGAGGUUUCGGAUUUUACAGCGGCUCGCAAACGGGCGAAACGCGAGGACUGUUCCUACUCCAACCCGGACUACACGGACACUUCCAACAUCUCCAACUUGAUCUCCAUCUUCGGCUCGGGGUUUUCAGGGCUGCUGAGCAGGCAGGCGGACUUGGAGCAGAUCUGUAGCAAGCAAGCUCUGGCCAGUCUGGGAGCAUGGACCCGGGCAAUUGUGGCAUUUUGAAUCAAACACUUUAUUAUAGGGGAGACCGGGGUCAGUUUAACUGUUUUCCCCUCAAAGUAUUAGAAAACAAAAGCCAACCAAGAACUGUUUCCUACUCAUGAGUUUUUGGUUGGGAACAUUUUUCCAAGCUUAUGAGAAUGCUCCUGAAUGUUAGCAAAUUCAUACUGUUCCCCCCAAAAGUUUACAUAUCAUUUCUGGGUAGCAAAAAAGAAAUUUGGUAACCUUUAUGCAUAGUUAACCUUCAGGGAAUGGGCAAAUGUUAGGACUUUAUGUAUAUUGCCCAAAAGCAUUUACAUAAGCAUGGAGGAAAGUUAUCUGAAACCUUCUGGGAAUGUUCUUACAACAAGUAAAUCAAACCAGAACAUUCUUGAAAGGUUGCAGGAAAUAUUACAGAAUGGGAAAUGAAUGGGAACGUUACACAUUUACUGGGAAACUCGCAGUCAUUUAAAGUACUGUUCCACAUCCUUUCCAUGUGCCAAUAGUGAAGGGUGUGUUGCUGAAUAUGUAUUUGGUGAAAGCAGUGUAUUCACAUAGAGCAAAAAUGCCAUGUUUCUUGUAACCUAUAUCAGUUUGGUUAGCAGGAGAUUUCAUUGAACUGUUCAGUGAUGGUUACUCAUUUGAUAAAAGGUUUAAUUCAUUUUUUUAAAUGGGCAAAUCUGAAAUUGCAUAGCAAACAAGGACUUAGGAAAAUUUAGCUAAAUCAUUUUUUUAGCAUGUUUUACAACUGAGUGUUAGCCAUAAUUAAACACAAUGUGCUAAAAUCACAUCAAGUCUGUCACUAGCUAACCUCAGUAGCUUCUAGUCUUUCACACAACUCUGACAAAAACAAUUCAAAAUAUACAAGAGAUGAAAUUAUUAAGAAUUAUACCUCAAAGCACACCUUUGUCUUAAAACUUAAUAACAUGUGAGUGUGGUUCAUUGGUGUGCAAUGGAUGACAUCACACGCACUUGUUUUUGAUUGGAGGAAAUUGAGGCGUUACAACUGAACCUGGUCUCCCCCAAAAGGUCUGAAUGGAAUGGACUUUAUUUUUGCAGGAAAAAGAAAAGAUAUUUAAACAUUGAGCAAUUUAGUGACAAUAGUUUUGACAGGGCGAGGAAAGAGUUUGUGCCAUAUAUAUAUAUACACACAUAUAUAUAUAUAUAUGAUGUGCAGGCUCUCCGGUUUUCAGAAUGGGAGAUACAUGUCUACAGAGUACACUCUUGUAGUGACUUAAGUCUGAUGAAAUGGAUUGACUUCCGCUGCCUUAAAUCCAAUGCACACUACUGCUAGCUAUUGUCAUAAAUUGAAAGUACAUUGAAAGUGACUGAAUGUCUCUGCUGUUCUGUCCUGUCCUGGACUGAGGAGCCUUUUGGAAAAAAAAAAAAAAAAAACACCUUCUCCACUUUGAAAUGGACCUUGCACAUUCUGAGCAGUUUUAUUGUCACGUGAAACACCAUGUU